AUGUUCUCGCUCUUUUGGGGGCUAUGGAGCUAUUUAUUCACGAGGGCAGAGCUCCAUCUGCUGAUCGUGGGGCUGGACGACGCGGGCAAAACGACGCUUUUGGAGCAGCUCAAAGGGAUCUAUAGCAAGAAGCCAGGCAUCCCACUUGACAAAAUCCCACCCACGGUGGGACUCAACAUUGCUCGAGUUGAUAUCCAACGAUCCCGAGUCAUUUUCUGGGAUCUGGGAGGACAGGAACGUCUUCGAGCGAUCUGGAACAAAUACUACAGCGAGAGCCAUGGCGUCGUGUUUGUGAUCGACUCGGCCAAUGAGCAAAGGUUCCAAGAAGCCAAAGAGACACUGCACGCAAUGCUGUCAAAUUCAGAGCUGUCGGGCGUGCCGCUGCUGGUGCUCGCCAAUAAGAUGGACCUCGAAGGCGCGAAGACUGUGAGCUACAUUACGGAGACAUUGGAUGUGGAAGCACGUCCAGGCAGCGUGGCGAGCUACCCCAUCUGCGCAUUGACAAGGGAGGGCAUUGAAGGCGCGAUGAGCUGGCUGGUAAAUGCUGUAACAUCGAGCGACAGGUUCUACGAGAAGUCGUCAGCUGCAGCUGGCACGUGA